UCAAUCAGGUUUUAUGUAGCCUCUCCUCUCCUUCUCCCACCCUCCCUCCAUCCCUGGAGUCCCUCCCUCCUCCGACACCACCGCCAGGCCAACAUAGAGGUCAGGACCUCCACUCUCAGCCCACAGCCACCCACGCCCUCUCCUUCUGUCCUUCUGUCUCUCUCCUCUGCAAACCAUCAAAUUCCUCAAUUUGACCGCCUGAAGAAAGCGCCUUAAAGAGAGAGGUUUUCCUUCGCACAUUAAUUUCUAAUUUUCCUCUUAUUAAUUUUCUAAUUGAAUUCUCGGCAACCUAAAUCUCUGCUAUACCUCGAAAGAUGGUGUCCGAGUUAAUAAAUGCGAAUCCGGUCAUCUACGAAAAGAAAGAGAGACGGGUUCGUAGUGUUCCAAGUGCUGCUGCAGAUGAAUAUGCUGUUGAACCCAUUGACCAACAAGAGAUUUUCGACCAUAUUAGAGAUAUAAAGGACCCGGAACACCCUUAUUCGUUGGAGGAGCUCAAAGUGAUAACAGAAGAUGCAAUUGAAGUUGAUGAUGGUCGUGGCUACGUCAGGGUCACAUUUACUCCUACGGUGGAACAUUGUAGUAUGGCAACGGUUAUUGGUCUUUGCUUACGUGUUAAACUCUUAAGGAGCCUACCUUCUCGUUACAAGGUGGAUAUUAGGGUGGCACCCGGAUCUCAUGCAACCGAAGCUGCAGUUAAUAAGCAACUGAAUGAUAAGGAACGGGUGGCUGCGGCGUUGGAGAACCCAGGCCUCGUUGAUAUGGUUGAUGAAUGCCUUUCUCCUUCGUAUGAGUGAAUGAAUCGCUGAUCAAAUCAACUGGUCCAGUCAUCGGUAUGGUGCUUUUCUACCAGAUCUUCAUACAUCUUGUGGCCACUCAUGUUGAUAUAAUUUGAAUGGUCAGUUAAGAUGGGGAAUAUUGGAUUAAAAGAAAUAGUUUCCCUUGUUUUAAUGUUAUGAUCAUUGUUUUUCCUGUAGAGAUUAGUUUUGUAAUAAGGUACCACAGAAUAGCAUUAGUUUAUGUUUGGGAAAUUUUAUUUGAACCCAUGUAAUCUCUUUCUACGUCCAACUUACUCUCUUCAUCCAUAUUUUUAUUAAAUAAUUAAUCUCGCUUUAAACCAAAA